UUUGGGGUUUUUUACCGUAGUUGGUACACCGACCAGUCAAUAAAAACGAAACGUCAAGCACUUAACCUCACAAUUUGUGAUAACAAUUCGUCGUUUUCGUACGUUUUGACGAUAAUACGAUGGCAACAAGUGUUGAAAAAGCCGGAAGUGUGCCCGAACAUUGUCCAGGGACUGAGAGCGCCAACGCUGGCAAAGCCUCAGCUUGUGCGGGGUGCCCCAACCAGCAGAUUUGCGCGUCGGGGCCCAAGGGCCCCGACCCGGGCAUUCAGCUGGUAAAGGAGAGACUCGAACAAGUUAGGAACAAAAUUCUGAUUUUGUCUGGGAAAGGGGGCGUGGGGAAAAGCACCGUAACGGCGUUACUUGGCCGAAGUUUGGCUGCGGCCGAUAAGGAGCGCAAUGUGGCUGUUUUGGACAUCGACAUUUGCGGCCCCUCGCAGCCCCGUGUUUUGGGGGCCCUUAACGAGCAAGUGCACCAAUCGGGCUCCGGUUGGUCGCCAGUGUACGUGGAUGAUAAUUUAUCAGUGAUGUCAAUCGGCUUUUUAUUAUCGUCCCCUGACGAUGCUGUUAUCUGGCGAGGCCCCAAAAAAAACGGCAUGAUCCGUCAAUUCCUCAGUGAGGUUGAUUGGGGCACCCUUGAUUACCUGCUCAUGGAUACGCCUCCUGGCACAUCCGAUGAGCAUCUUUCAGCAUCGACUUAUCUGUCUCAAGCGGGGCUCACAGGGGCUGUGAUUGUGACAACGCCACAAGAAGUCGCAUUAUUGGAUGUGCGCAAAGAAAUUGAUUUUUGUCGAAAAGUCAAUAUUAGGAUUUUGGGCGUUGUGGAGAAUAUGUCGAUUUUUGUGUGUCCGUGUUGUAAGAGAUUGUCGGAGAUUUUUCCAGCGGCUACAGGAGGGGCGAAGAAAAUGUGCGAAGAUUUGAAAGUGCCGUUUUUGGGGAGUUUGCCCCUGGACCCCACGAUUGCGAGGUAUUGUGACGAAGGGAGGGAUUUUGUCGGGGAUUUACCGAAUUCGCCAGCGGUGGACGCGUUGAAUGGCAUUGUUACAAGGCUUGUGGAAAUGUGUGACUCGAAGGAGGAGUGAAAAACUGUCCAGUAAAGCUUUAGGUGUAAGCAAAAGUCUAUUGUAUGUUUUAAGGAUGUAAUAAAGUUUAUUUUUUACAA